AUGUCGCAGAUCUCGGCGUACUUCGCUUACCUGGUCGACAAGGUAGACAAAUGGGCCGUACUUGCGCGAGACGUGAUUGACCAAACACAGCUGCGGACUCUGGUUGGUGUGGCUGGUAUUAUCUCAUCAUUGUUGACCUCUUCAGCAUAUACCAAUGUCGCGACUUGUCCUGGUUAUCUUCUGAAAGAUGUGGUGCAAACCACUGCUUCACUAACCGCAACCCUGCAGUUGGCCGGCGAGCCGUGCAAUGUGUACGGGCAAGACAUUGACGACUUAAAGCUGUUAGUCGAGUACCAGACUGACGGCCGUCUUCACGUCAAAAUCUAUGAUGCUGCAGAAGACGUCUAUCAAAUUCCGCCCGAAGUUCUUUCCUUCCCCCAAGGGAACAACGACACAGCCACCCCAUUGCUCAAGUUCUCAUACAUCGAAUCACCGUUUUCAUUCGUAGUACAGCGUAGCGAUACUAACGAGACCUUAUUUGAUACUUCUGCUGACCCCUUGGUUUUUGAACCGCAAUACGUGCAUCUGCGCACAUUGAUGCCACAAAACCCUAAUAUCUAUGGAUUGGGUGAGGAUGUGGAUUCGUUCCGCCGGCAAACCGAUAACUACAAGAGAACAAUCUAUAAUGUGGGCGAUGCUUUUCUGCCCAAGAACGCCAAUCUAUACAGCAGUCAUCCGAUAUACGUGGAAAUGAGAGAAGGGAAAGCUCAUGGAGUAUAUAUCGCCAGCAGUAGUGGCAUGGAUAUUUUCAUCAACAAAACAGAAACGGGCCAACAGUAUCUCGAGUACAAUUUGAUUGGCGGUGUUCUCGACUUCUAUUUCUUCGCAGGCCCAGGUCCUCUUGACGUGGGACGGCAAUACGCCGAGGUUGUGGGCGCGCCCGCCGAGCAAGCCUAUUGGACUUACGGCUUUCAUCAGUGUAAAUAUGGAUAUGGGGAUGUUAUGAUGGUAGCAGAAGUUGUCCAGAACUACUCCCAAGCAAACAUUCCUCUGGAGACAGUGUGGUCAGAUAUUGACUACAUGAACCUACGACAAACUUGGACAUUGGAUCCCGAUCGGUUUCCUCUUCACAAGGUCCGCGAACUUGUAACGUAUCUUCAUGACCAUGACCAGCAUUACGUCGUCAUGGUUGACCCUCCAAUUUCCGUCGAUGAUGCAGACUCCUAUGACAAGCUAAUACAGAGUGAAUCCUAUUUCAGAAACAACGAUGGCUCCGUGUUUUUAGCUGGCAUGUGGUCUGGUGCUACAGCGUUUGUCGACUGGUUUCAUCCAAAUGCUCAGGACUAUUGGAGUGGGCAAAUACUGUCCUUUUUUGACGAGCAGACAGGCGUGGAUGUUGAUGCAAUUUGGAUUGACAUGAACGAGCCUGCUAACUUUUGCCCAUAUCCCUGCGAGGAUGCAAUUGCCUGGGCCAAAGAUGCCGGUGUACCUCCUGCACCACCAUCAUUGCGAAAGUCAUGGCCCCGAUUACCCGAUUUCCCAAAUGACUUUCAGCCUCCAAGCGCACAAAGCCUUAGCAAACGAGAAGCCGAUGGAGAACGUCUUGGGCUUGCUGGUAGAGACCUUCUGAACCCGCCUUAUCCUCUUGGAACAAUAGACGGAAUUAUCUACGGGGGCUCAAUUUUCACGGACAGGUACCAGUAUGGCGGUUAUGCGUUUUACGACACCAAAAACUUGUUUGCCUCGAGCAUGAUGCAGGCGACACGAAAUGCCAUGCUGGAGCGACGACCUAAUAAGCGCCCCUUAAUUAUUUCGCGGUCCUCUUUUGCGGGAGAUGGCAAGCGUUCUGGACACUGGACUGGAGACAAUAUCUCGUCCUGGGAUCACUACCGCAUUUCAAUUCGACAAAACAUCGAAUUUGCAGCCAUCUUCCAGAUGCCAACUAUCGGCGCCGAUGUAUGUGGCUUCAACUACGAGACGUGGGAAACACUCUGCACACGAUGGGCUGUCCUAGGCGCAUGGUAUCCCUUCUAUCGCAACCAUGCCGACAUCACCGCGCCAUUCCAAGAAUUCUACCGAUGGCCACAAGUAGCCGAUGCAGCUCGUGCGGCAAUCAAGACCCGCUACCAACUCCUGGACUAUUUCUACACUGAAUUCCACUAUCAGACCGUCGACGGCACGCCGAGCACUAUCCUACCGUUAUUCUUCCUCUAUCCAAAUGACCCAAACACAUUGAACAUUGAACUACAAUUCUUCUAUGGCCCAUCGAUCCUCGUCUCCCCAGUCACGGACGACGAAUCGACUAUUGUCACAUUCUAUCUACCUGCCGAUACCUGGUAUGACUUCUUCACGGGGGAAAAGUUAUCUAUUGAAUCCUCUUCGCAAGGCACCUGGAUCACCCGCAACGACGUCGCCUACGAUGAGAUCCCAGUGCACAUCCGCGGCGGAUCAAUUAUUCCCAUGCGCAUCGAUGGCGCAAACACGACCACGCAAUUACGCCAACUCGACUUUGAGUUGAUCAUUGCUCCUGGGACGGACGGCCAUGCGGAGGGGAGAUUGUAUCUCGAUGACGGAGAGAGUGUGGACCAACCUAUCAAUGAGGACGGCGUUCGUGCUACGAGUGAGAUUUUUUUCACAUAUGACUUGCAAACUGCCAAGUUGCAUGUUCGUGGCCAGUUUGGAUAUGAUACGAAUGUUAGGAUUGCGAGUGUGUCUGUUCUUGGGGAUGGGAAGACCGAGCAUAAUGUAGACCAAACACCGACGCUGGCUCGGUUCCAGUACGGUCGGACGGUUACUGUGGAUAGAACGCUGACUGGUGAUUAUUACAGCUGA